AUGGGUAUCACAAAUGGCCACGGUAGCUCUAACGCUGCUAAGCACAAUCUCCCUUCACAUUUUAUCGGUGGCAACCACUUGGAAGCUGCUGCCCCUAGUGAUGUGAAGGACUUUGUGGCCAAGAAUGGCGGUCACUCCGUCAUUUCCUCGGUCCUCAUCGCCAACAACGGUAUUGCUGCCGUCAAGGAGAUUCGUUCCGUGCGGAAAUGGGCCUAUGAGGUCUUCGGAAAUGAGCGUGCUAUUCAAUUCACCGUGAUGGCUACUCCGGAGGAUCUGCAAGCCAAUGCUGACUACAUCCGUAUGGCUGAUCAAUACGUCGAAGUUCCCGGUGGAACAAAUAAUAAUAAUUACGCCAACGUCGAGCUCAUUGUCGAUGUUGCCGAGCGAAUGGAUGUCCACGCCGUUUGGGCUGGUUGGGGUCACGCUUCCGAAAACCCUCGGUUACCCGAGUCCCUGGCUGCUUCGCCUAAGAAGAUCAUUUUCAUUGGACCCCCUGCCUCUGCCAUGCGCUCGCUAGGUGACAAGAUCUCUUCCACUAUUGUUGCACAGCAUGCUGGUGUGCCCUGUAUCCCGUGGUCUGGAACUGGUGUCGAUGAGGUCGUGGUUGAUGAUCAAGGUAUCGUGACCGUGCCUGAUCAUGUCUACACUCUCGGCUGUACCGCUUCUCCCGAAGAGGGUUUGAUCAAGGCCAGGGAAAUUGGUUACCCUGUCAUGAUCAAGGCCUCUGAAGGUGGUGGUGGUAAGGGUAUUCGUAAGGUCGAGAAGGAGGAGGACUUCAUCACCUUGUACAAUGCCGCCGCCAACGAGAUCCCCGGUUCUCCCAUUUUCGUCAUGAAGCUCGCUGGAAACGCCCGCCACUUGGAGGUCCAGCUGCUGGCUGAUCAGUACGGAAACAACAUUUCCCUGUUUGGUCGUGACUGCUCUGUCCAGCGUCGUCACCAGAAGAUUAUUGAGGAGGCUCCCGUCACUAUUGCCAAGCCCAUCACUUUUAACGCCAUGGAGAAGGCUGCUGUUAGCCUGGGUCGUCUGGUCGGCUACGUAUCCGCUGGUACCGUGGAGUACCUGUACUCGCACGCUGACGACAAGUUCUAUUUCCUCGAGCUGAACCCUCGUCUCCAGGUCGAGCAUCCUACCACUGAGAUGGUCUCUGGUGUCAACUUGCCCGCCGCCCAGCUCCAGAUUGCCAUGGGUAUUCCCCUGCACCAGAUUCGCGAUAUCCGUCUUCUGUAUGGUGUUGACCCCAACACUUCUUCGGAGAUCGACUUUGACUUCUCCCACGAGGAGAGCCUGCAGACUCAGCGUCGCCCCCAGCCCAAGGGCCACACUACUGCCUGCCGUAUUACCUCCGAAGAUCCUGGCGAGGGAUUCAAACCCUCUGGUGGUACCAUGCACGAAUUGAACUUCCGUAGUUCGUCCAACGUCUGGGGUUACUUCUCCGUCGGUUCUUCUGGUGGUAUCCACAGUUUCUCAGACAGUCAGUUUGGUCACAUUUUCGCUUAUGGCGAGAACCGUUCUGCUUCUCGUAAGCACAUGGUUGUUGCCUUGAAGGAACUGAGCAUUCGUGGUGAUUUCCGCACCACCGUUGAGUACCUGAUUAAGCUGUUGGAGACUCCCGCUUUCGAGGAUAACACCAUCACCACUGGUUGGCUCGAUGAGCUCAUUUCUAAGAAGCUGACUGCCGAGCGCCCCGACCCCAUCAUUGCCGUCAUUUGCGGUGCCGUCACUAAGGCCCACCUCGCUUGCGAGGAAGGCAUUGAGGAGUACCGUAAGAGUCUAGAGAAGGGUCAGGUGCCUGGAAAGGACAUCCUGAAGACUGUCUUCCCUAUCGACUUCAUCUACGAGGGUAACCGUUACAAGUUCACUGCCACCCGCGCCGGUCAUGACAGCUACCACCUGUUCAUCAACGGCUCCAAGUGCUCCGUUGGCGUCCGUGCCCUGGCUGACGGUGGCCUGCUGGUGUUGCUUAGUGGUCGUAGUCACAACGUCUACUGGAAGGAGGAGGCUGCUGCCACCCGUCUUAGUGUCGAUGGCAAGACCUGUCUUCUCGAGCAGGAGAACGACCCCACCCAGCUCCGUACCCCUUCUCCCGGUAAGCUGGUCAAGUUCACCGUCGAGAGCGGCGAGCACGUUGCUGCUGGUCAACCCUUCGCUGAGGUUGAGGUCAUGAAGAUGUACAUGCCCCUCAUUUCCCAGGAGGCUGGUAUCGUGCAAUUGAUCAAGCAGCCCGGAGCUACCCUUGAGGCUGGUGAUAUCCUCGGUAUCAUUUCUCUGGAUGACCCCUCUCGUGUGAAGCACGCCCAGACCUUCACAGGUCAACUUCCAGAUCUCGGCUCUCCCACCGUUGUCGGUAACAAGCCUCCCCAGCGCUUCAGCCUGCUUCACACCAUCCUGGAGAACAUUCUUCGCGGUUUCGACAACCAGGUGAUCAUGGGUGCCACCCUGAAAGAGCUUGUUGAUGUCCUGCGCAACCCUGACCUUCCUUACGGUGAAUGGAAUGCCCAGUCAUCGGCCCUGCACUCCCGUAUGCCUCAGAAGCUGGAUACCCAGCUCCAGACAAUCGUCGACAAGGCCAAGUCUCGCCAGGCUGAGUUCCCUGCCAAGCAGCUCCAGAAGACCCUUUCCCGAUUCAUCGAGGAGAAUGUCAACCCUGCUGAUGCCGAUAUCCUUCGAACCACUCUCCUGCCUUUGACUACUGUCAUCGAAAAGUUCAAGGAGGGUCUGAAGAUCAACGAAUACAACGUUUUCAUCGGUCUGCUGGAGCAGUACUACGAAGUUGAGAAGCUCUUCUCUACUGGUACCAAGCGUGAUGAGGAUGUUAUCCUCAAGCUCCGUGAAGAGAACAAGGAAGACCUUGCCAAGGUCGUUCACACUGUCCUCUCCCAUAGCCGCAUUGGAUCCAAGAACAACCUGGUCCUCGCUAUUCUGGACAUGUACCGCCCCAACCAGCCCCAGCUUGGCGAUGUUGGCAAGUACUUCAAGCCUACCUUGAAGAAGCUUACUGAUCUUGAAGCUCGUGCUGCCGCCAAGGUCACCCUCAAGGCUCGUGAGCUCCUGAUUCAGUGUGCCAUGCCAUCGCUCGAGGAGCGCCUGUCCCAGAUGGAGCACAUUCUGCGCUCUUCUGUCAUAGAGUCCCGCUACGGUGAGACUGGCUGGGAGCACCGUGAGCCCGAUUCUCGAGUCCUGAAGGAGGUUGUUGAUUCCAAGUACACCGUCUUCGAUGUGCUCCCUCGAUUCUUCAUCCACCAGGACCCCUGGGUUACUCUCGCUGCUCUUGAGGUCUACGUGCGCCGCUCUUACCGUGCCUACACCCUGAAGGGCAUUGACUACAAUGCUCAGAACGAAUCACCAUUUUUGUCUUGGGACUUCUGUCUCGGCAAGCUCGGUCAGCCUGAGUUUGGUUCCACCACUACUCACCCCUCCGCACCUGCCACUCCCACCGCUGAGUCCAACCCCUUCAAGCGGAUCAACUCCAUGGGUGACCUGACUCUGGAUGUGGACAACGACCCCAUCCGCAAGGGUGCUAUUCUUCCCGUUCAGUACCUGGACGAUGUUGAAGAGCAUCUCCCCAAGGUUCUGGAGGCUUUCCCUCACGCUUCGGCCCCCGUCAAGGGUUUGAUGGCCAACCUCGAAGGCAAGCGUCGUCCUUCCACCAAGGUCGACAAUGAGGAGCUCACCGGUGUCCUGAACAUCGCUAUUCGCGACAUCGAGGAACAGGACGAUAACCAGAUCGUUGCUCAGAUGCAGAGCCUCCUUGCCGAGAAUCGUGAAGAGCUUGUCUCCCGUCGCAUUCGCCGUGUUACUUUCAUCUGCGGAAAAGAGGGUGUCUACCCUGGUUACUUCACUUUCCGUGGACCUCUCUUCGAGGAGGAUGAGAGUAUCCGUCACAGCGAACCCGCUCUGGCCUUCCAGCUGGAACUUGGCCGUCUCAGCAAAUUCAAGAUCAACCCCGUAUUCACUGAGAACCGCAACAUCCACGUUUACAGUGCUAUUGGCAAGGGUCCUGAGAAUGACAAGGCCGUUGACAAGCGCUACUUCAUCCGUGCAGUGGUCCGCCCUGGUCGCCUCCGUGACGACAUUCCUACUGCUGAGUACUUGAUUUCUGAGGCUGAUCGCUUGAUGAAUGAUAUUCUGGAUGCUCUCGAGAUUAUUGGUAACAACAAUUCUGAUCUUAAUCACAUCUUCAUCAACUUCUCUCCUGUCUUUAACCUGCAGCCCACCGAUGUUGAGCAGGCUCUGGCUGGUUUCCUGGACCGCUUCGGUCGCCGCCUGUGGCGCCUGCGUGUUACCGGCGCUGAAAUCCGUAUUCUCUGCACUGAUCCCACAACUGGCAUACCUUACCCUCUGCGUGUCAUCAUCAGCAACACCUAUGGAUUCAUCAUCCAGGUUGAGCUGUACAUUGAGCGCAAGUCCGAGAAGGGCGAGUGGAUCUUCCAGAGCAUUGGUGGCACCACCAAGAUGGGCUCCAUGCACAUGCGUCCUGUCUCCACCCCUUACCCGACCAAGGAGUGGCUCCAGCCCAAGCGUUACAAGGCUCACCUUAUGGGAACUCAGUACGUGUACGAUUUCCCUGAGCUGUUCCGCCAGGCCUUCCAGAACAGCUGGACCAAGAUCGGUGACAAUAUCCCCUCCCUGGCCUCCCAGCGUCCUGCCGUUGGGGAAUGCAUUGACUACAAUGAGCUGGUGCUUGACGACACCGAUGAGCUUGUUGAGGUUAACCGCGAGCCUGGUACCAACACCCACGGUAUGGUGGGUUGGCUGGUCACUGCCCGUACCCCUGAGUAUCCUCGUGGCCGUCGCUUCAUCGUUGUUGCCAACGACAUCACCUUCCAGAUUGGUUCAUUCGGUCCCCAGGAAGACAAGUUCUUCCACAAGUGCACAGAGCUCGCUCGCAAGCUUGGCAUUCCCCGUAUCUACCUGUCUGCCAACUCCGGUGCUCGUAUCGGUGUUGCCGAUGAGCUGAUUCCCCACUUCUCUGUUGCCUGGAAUGACCCUGCCCGACCCGAGGCUGGCUUCAAGUACCUCUACCUCACCCCCGAGACCAAGGCCAAGUUCGACGCCAGCAAGAAGAAGGAGGUUGAGACUGAACUCAUCACCGACGAUGGUGAAGAGCGUCACAAGAUCACCACCAUCAUUGGUGCCAAGGACGGCUUGGGUGUCGAGUGUCUGAAGGGCUCUGGUCUGAUUGCUGGCGCCACUUCCAAGGCAUAUGAGGACAUCUUCACCAUCACCCUAGUUACUUGCCGUUCCGUUGGUAUCGGUGCCUACCUGGUCCGUCUCGGCCAGCGUGCUAUCCAGGUCGAGGGUCAACCCAUCAUCCUGACUGGUGCCCCUGCCAUCAACAAGCUGCUUGGUCGCGAGGUCUACACCUCCAACCUGCAGCUUGGUGGCACUCAGAUCAUGUACAACAACGGUGUUUCGCACAUGACUGCCAAUGAUGACUUUGAAGGUGUGCAAAAGAUUGUCGAGUGGAUGUCCUACGUUCCCGACAAGAAGAAUGCCCCGAUCCCCAUCCGCCCCUGGACCGAUGACUGGGACCGUGACAUUGCCUACUACCCCCCUGCCAAGCAGACCUACGAUGUCCGUUGGCUCAUCAACGGUAAGCAGGACGAGGAGGGAUUCCUCCCCGGUCUGUUCGACAAGGACUCCUUCGAGGAAGCUCUCGGUGGCUGGGCCCGCACCGUUGUCGUCGGUCGUGCCCGCCUCGGCGGCAUCCCAAUGGGUGUUAUCGCUGUUGAGACCCGUGCUGUGGAGAAUAUCACCCCGGCUGACCCUGCCAACCCCGACUCCAUGGAGAUGAUCUCCCAAGAGGCCGGUGGUGUGUGGUACCCCAACUCGGCCUUCAAGACCGCCCAGGCUCUGCGUGACUUCAACAAUGGUGAGCAGCUGCCUGUCAUGAUCCUUGCCAACUGGCGUGGUUUCUCUGGUGGCCAGCGCGACAUGUACAACGAGGUGCUCAAGUACGGUUCGUACAUUGUCGACGCUCUCACUAAGUACGAGCAGCCCGUCUUCGUCUACAUUCCCCCCUUCGGAGAGCUUCGUGGUGGAUCCUGGGUCGUCGUCGACCCCACCAUCAACCCCGAGCAGAUGGAGAUGUACGCCGACGAGGAUUCCCGUGGUGGUGUCCUUGAGCCCGAGGGUAUGGUAAACAUCAAGUACCGUCGCGAGAAGCAACUCGACACCAUGGCCCGCCUGGACGCCACCUACGGCGAGCUCCGCCGCUCCCUGGAGGACAAGUCCCUCAGCAAGGAGCAGCUGUCGGAGAUCAAGACCAAGAUGGCCCAGCGCGAGGAAACCCUCCUCCCCGUCUACCUGCAGAUCGCCCUCCAAUUCGCUGACCUGCACGACCGUGCCGGCCGCAUGGUAGCCAAGGGUGUCAUCCGAAAGCCUCUGCGCUGGCAGAACGCCCGUCGCUUCUUCUACUGGCGCCUGCGUCGCCGUUUGAGCGAGCAAAUGAUCGUGAAGCGCAUGCUAACCGCCAACGCAAACCCAGCGCCCCGCACGGCUGCCCAAGGUGCAAUCCCCACCUCAGCCCCUGCCCCUACAGUCGUCGAAUCUCCGAACACAAUCCACCUCAAGAACCUGCGCGCCUGGACGGGCCUGCUGGACGACGAUGUCGAGAACGACGACCGAAAGGUUGCAACCUGGUACGAGGAGAACAAGAAGCUGGUCCACAGCAAGGUCGAGUCUCUCCGCACCGACGGCAUCGCUGCCGAAGUCGCCUCCCUGCUCAUUGGAAACAAGGAGGGUGGUCUGCGCGGUGUGCAGCAGGUUUUGUCCAUGUUGCCUGUUGAGGAGCGCGAGUCUGUCCUCAAGUACCUGGGUUCCGCUUAA